UUAUAAUUAGCGCAUAUUAUUCAACAUGUCAUAAAACACUGUUAAAGUCAGACAAUCAAGCAAUAUAAACUUGAUCGCCAUUGCUAUGAAAGAUACACCUUCCAUACUUUUUUACCAAUUGCUUCUGUUGACCACUGCCUUCGUUGCUGUGCAGUGUGGAUGUGACGACCCUWUUCUCAAAUGGGUACUAAACAAAGAUGAAGUCGAAAAUGMUAGUUGUUCACAAUGUACAGAGGAGACAGAGGAGGCAGAUGCUUACGAUCUAAAAUGGAAUGAAAUAGUUCGUACUUGUAAAUACAGUACCAUAUCGUCCACAGAUGAAGWUUGCCCGGAUGAGAUUCAUGUUUCUUGGCUAAAUCUACCACCUUUUACAUUYAAAAACGCAUCAAAUGAAAAUGGAAGAAGACCUUUUGGAGUAUUUGUGGACGUCAUGGAUUCCUCGCUGAAUUACUGUUGUUCAGAAAAAMCGAAGAUGGUUUUCGACAAGCAGCCAAAGAAGAGCAUCAAAGAAAUUCUUAAUCAGACAAUGUCAGACGCGAAUAACAUGAUAAUGCCGGUAAAUGUUGACAAGUCGAAAAAGUAUCUUGGAAAGUUGCAUUCGUUGCCUGUCAUGGUGUCCCCAGCAGACGUGGUUCUUGUCAAGAAGUCUACUUUUGAAAAGAGUGAAAACAACAAACUCUGGCAAUCAAUUCAGGGUGUGUUUUUAGCGAUCUUGCUGGCUGUUCUCCUUUCCUUGAUUGCAGGUGUUGGCGUCUGGGCGUUGGAAACAAGAAACAACGCUGACGACUUCCCAAGACCCUUUGCUAAAGGAACAAGCGAGGGAUUUUGGUGGGCGUUUGUUACUAUGACAACAGUWGGCUAUGGCGAUCGCACACCUAAGUCUCUGUUUGGACGUCUAUUUGGUGUUGUUUGGAUUAUAUUUGGUAUUUCGUUGUGUUCUAUCGUGACUGCGGCGAUUACCUCUGGAUUAAUGGCUUCCCUUGGUAAAGAAGACUUGGUGAAAAUCAGGGGCAAAAAAGUCGGUGUUUUGGCUGGCAGUCACACUAUUAGAAAGGCAAUCAAGAGUUUUGCUAUGCCUAAAGCUUACUACGACCUGGAGUCCAUGAGAGAAGCGGUGUUAGCARAGAAGGUGGAGGCGAUCCUUGUAGACAUAUAUGUUGGUCUCUACCUUCUUGAUCACUCAAAUGACCAGCUGCACCUCGGUAACAUCCUGGAAAAUCACCAUCAUUAUGGCAUCGUGUUUUGGCACGACGACACAGACGAAAACAAUUAUACAAACCCAUUUCCUCUCGAGAUACAUGGCUGUCUCGAAAUGUUAUUCAAAUAUYUUGAGAUGGAUGUUCAAGAGUUGAUUCACAGCUACCUUGAAGGAACCAAAAAUAAACUCAAAACCCAAGAAAAGCCUGGUUUGUUUUCGAUCAAGAAUCCAUUCUUCAAACCGCUCCUCAUCAUCUUGGGUGUACUUUGUGGUUCUAUAAUUCUUUUUGUGAUUGUUGAGGUUCUGUACAAUCUUCGCAAGAAGAACACAGAUCAGAACAAAGCUGAAAGAACAGKGGACCAAACUGGAGAGUACGGAUUAAACCAAUUAACCAACAUGAAAAUGUCAACAGCCGACGAAGAUUGCUGAACUGUAGUAACAAGAGACGAAAAAAUGAUAAAAAACAGCAGGAUAUCAAAAAUCCAUAAUCUAUUAUGCUCCAUAAGAU